GUCGUGUACACGGAUGUUGCCUUGGAUCCCUACAACUCGCUAGGACAUGACGGCAUCGUUCGGUCUGAUGGUGUCAUCCUGAACGACGAAACGAUUGCUUACCUUUGCAAGCAGGCUGUGUCUCAAGCCGAAGCGGGUGCUGACUACGUGAGCCCCAGCGACAUGAUGGAUGGGCGAAUUGGUGCAAUCCGUGAUGCACUUGAUGAAGCCGGAUUUACCAAUGUGGGCAUCAUGGCAUACAGUGCCAAGUAUGCCUCGGCUUUCUAUGGGCCUUUCAGAGAGGCAUUGGACUCCAACCCGGUCAUCGCGGAAGACUGGCAGGUGCCAAAAGGGAAGGAAACCUACCAGCAAGACCCGGCCAACUACAAGGAAGCUUUGCUGGAGGCAGCACUGGACGAGGAAGAGGGUGCGGACAUACUGAUGGUAAAGCCAGCUAUGCCGUACCUCGACAUCAUCAAGGGCCUGCAUGAGCAGAGCAACUUGCCAAUUGCCGCCUACCAUGUCUCCGGAGAAUAUGCCAUGCUCAAGGCUGCAGCUCUCAAUGGCUGGCUGGAUGAGAAGGCGGUCGUUCUGGAGGCCCUUCUCUCCAUCAGACGUGCCGGUGCCACGGUCAUCCUUACCUACUACGCCAAGCAGGCGGCGCGAUGGCUGCAAGAAGAGGAUGCCUGA